AUGGAAGACUAUCUCAAUAGACCCAAUGUUCCGUAUUUUUUGAAACCACUUUCUAGUACCACAGUUUACACAAAGGUCGAUUUGUCUGAUCCGGCCAAAUAUAAUGGUAAGAACUACAAAUACCACCAAUAUUUCGCCAAUCUCAACAACAAUAUCUCCUCCGAAUCCACGUUCUACCCCAAUGAUUCUUUUGCCUACUACAAGACCCAUAAUGUGUUUAGGCCGGUCAACAAAACUUUGACCAAGAAGUUGGAUUCCGUUAAGAAUAAUAAAGACCAACGCUCUUUUCAGUCAUUCGACAGUUUUGUUGACGUUCCAACGCUAUUCUCAGAUGAACAGAUGGCAGGAUUAUCGUAUCUCACUGCCGUCGAUAUGGUCGAUGGUGUGUACAUGUUUGGUGGGCUACAGGCUUUGCUAACAGAUGAAUAUGAACAAAAGCUUCGGUCAAUAACAAAAAAUUUCACAAUACCCCCAGAAAACAUCAAAAUGGUAUGUGACUACGAUUUACCGUUACCUCUGGAUAGAGAAAAAAUUGAAUCAAUUGCUGUAAGACCAUACAACAAGAUACGCAAAUAUUUAACUGAAUCCAAGUCUUUUAAGUUUGUCUGCGAUUUGAAUGAUAAUCAUACGGCAGAAAACAUUGAUGAAUACGAAGCUGAAAAUGAAAAUCCACAUUUGCACAAUGGUCACCAUAAUCUGAAACUGGAUGCAUUUGGAAGUUCGAACUCAAUCACGAAAACAAAUACAUCCUCCAACUCGUCAUCGUACUCAAAUGCAACUCCAAGGUCAAUGAUUUGCUCUAGUGCUUGCAGGCUCAGUGAUAGAUUUUUCAUGAUCUAUGGUGGAUUGGAAGUAGGAACCAAAAUAAGUUACCCAGACGAGAAUCAUUGUGUUAUCAAAAAAAUAUUGACGCCGAAUGACCAGUUCUGGUUGUUUGAUAGAAUAAAAUGCAGUUUCAGAGAAAUCAAGCUAUCUGUCCAUCCCACUUAUAGCACAAUUUUCCCGAACUCAAUUCCAAGAUUUGCUCAUAGUGUUGCCUCAGUCCCUUUGGAUGACGAUAAUAUUGUCAACAGAAACUCCUUGGACGAUGCACAUUUUUUCAACUCAACUCACAGUCAAGAAGAUGCAGCUCGACAUUCACAAUCCUCUACCUAUAUAAAACCUACUACAAUGUUUGUAAUGGGAGGAUACAAAUUGCACAGUUCAGGAAAAUCUUUUGUUGCCAUGAAUGACUUAUGGAAGCUAGAUUUCUUUUUAGAUGCCAACGGAACUGCUGACGUAGCAUUAGCUAGUCCAAUCGGAAACUUUGAUGUUGCUAACGAUGUCUUCAGUUAUAUCAUAGAUGAAAAGCUAAAUCAUUUGGCUAACAGAAAAAAUACUCCGAAGUUUACUGGAGUUCUCAGCCACUCGGAUAAUUCAUCACAUUGGCCAUCUCCGAGGGGUUUUUUUUCAAUGUGCCUGCUAGAGUCCUGUGAUUUGUCUAAGUUCAUAAACUGGAGAAAGAAUGAUAAGGACGAUAUAGCAGUUCAAGAUAGUACUUAUGCCCUUUUACAUCAGCCUUCGCCGAUUAGAAAAUCUGCUUUAAACCAGCGCUUCUCCGAAUCUAACAGGAAAAUAACGUCUAAUUCCUCAAAGACGGAUUUCCAAAUUAAGGAUAUGUUCAAAAAGAGGUCUGAAACGGCAGCCUCUGCAUCUUCAGUGAAAAGUCUCAGUACAGGGAAUGAGCAAAACCAAUCGGCCGCCUCUUCCACUAGAGACGCAAAUAAUUCCCCUUCACCCUAUUCAUCUCGCUCAUCUCACUCAGAGAAUAAUUCCCAUACUUAUAAAAAUGAAUCUCUCAGGGGAAAAUUGUUACUUGUAUCUGGUGGAUCCUCGAUAUUGUACACAAAAGUUGUAGAUGAAAAGAAUUUCGAUGUCUAUUACAACAACAACAUGCUCAGUGAUAUAUGGAUCUUCGAUUUUCAGACCGAGAAAUGGUAUAACUUUGAUGAUUUUUCCAAGUUGGAAAAUAGGCUCUUCAUCUGCGCACAUACAAUGUUAAUGUCUGGCUCAUCUUUGAAACUUCUAGGAGGAAUUGAAGAAGGGCACUAUCCUGAAACUACGUUUUUGCCAAUUCAAGCAGGAAUGUAUGAUGUCGGAGAUGAUGAUACAAAAGUUCAGAUAAUGGACUGGGAGAAAGGUAAAGAUAUUGUCCAUAGAUUCCAUUCGGCGAGAGGAGCAGCACGUGAUGCAUACACCUUCCUGAACGAUUCAAGUAUCCCAAAAGGCCUGAGCAAAGAUGGUUCUAGUCAGGAAUGCUACAAUUACUACUCAAAUUACACUUUUCAACUUGAAUCACUUGAGUGGAGACUGAUUAAGACGGCUAUCGGUCAGGAUGCAGAAUUUUUUGGACCUUGGACUCCAAACAAAAAUGCUAAAGUGGUUUGUGGAGGUAUGGUUGAUGAUACCUCUAUCAGGGAAAAGUUUAAUUUGAAAAAUAUGAAUUUGGUAUAUGCUCAUUGUGCUGCCUUCAUUAAAGACUCCAAAAUUGUUAUUUUUUCACCAGAUAUAAAAAUUAUAGACCGAAAAACCAACAAGUAUCUUGAAGGUUCACAGGGUUUAGUUGGAAAUGGGGUUUAUGAGCUUUAUUCGGUUUAUUUGUAA